AUGGAGCAUCGCGACGUACAUUCUGACCAGCCAAAACGGUGCAGACGCACUGCUCGAGGAAAGCGGUUGCGCAAUAGAGCUCCGAUCUCAGCACGUCUUGCUUUGGACGAUCAGCUCCGCGGGAACGUGGGCGUUUUGUCCGAUGACUUGGCGGCCGACCUCUUCCAGUCGUCGCCUUCCAUUGGAUUAGAUCAAGACGGGAACGAUACUCGCUAUAUCGCAAUCUCUCCGUAUGUUCCGGGCCACGGCUCUGUCGAGGACCUGACCUGGACCGUUAUUCCGGUUCGGCGGCAGUCAAAGGAUCGCGCCUAUAAUAUUUCCAUCCCGCACUCUACGGUUAUAUUUCCCGAUUUCACGGACUCUCUGCAGCCUUUCAUCCAGGCAUUGAGCAAGCUCGACCCGACCCGACCAAUUCAAGCGCAGCGCGCGGUGGAAAUCAAGAUCUUGGAUGUGGUACCGUUGCACCUGGAUACGAUCUACGUGACAGUCGAGCGCAAUUUGCUGCGGAAUCACGAUGAGAUCCAGAAUAAGUUCGGUGGCGGGUUCACCAAUAGCCUACAAGGACCUAACGGGCUUUGGGCGAAGACGGGGAAGGGCAUAGAGACGAAGAAAUACUCGAAGAAGGCUGCAGCGGAGGCCGAGAAGAGACUCACGGUUGCUGUGCGUGAAGCGCUGGGAGCGCAGAAGAUCGUGCACACCGGUGAUGUGCUGCAGCUGCCUCUGCCACCACACCCCAUUACCUAUGCCAAGCCACCUCCGGCACACAUCUCGUUUUGCGAACCUGUAUCCCAGGGCUUACUGAUGCCGACAACGAAGAUCGUUCUCAUCCAAGCCAGGCCGCACGGUAGCCGGACCCAACGAAGUUUGCGAUCAGGGUCUGGUCUGCUGAAGCAGGUUGCCGAAGAUGAAGCUGACGAUACCUCUAACGAGCAAUUUUACUCCGCGGCGGAGGAUAAACCGAUUGAAAGCAGCACCGAAAUGGAGACGGAGACUACAUCAACCCCGGAAGAAUCGGAAACGGAGGGCUCCGGAGGGAACAUGAGCGAUACGUCCGAUGAAUCUUUGGAGGACAUGAUCUCUCUCUCCGCCCCUGAACUUCCUCAGUCGGCUUCUGGCGUCAUGUCUGCGAUGACUGCUGCUACACCCCGUGCGGGUGGCCGACGGGCCGACGGCGUUCAUACUCCAGGAUCCGUGGCCUCAAAUUUCACAUCGGCCACCCUGCGCCCUGGCCGGGGUGGCGGCGGUAAAGUUUUCAAGGCCGAGAGCCUUCUGCGGAGCAUUGCAACCGAUCUCCUACAUCCAAAGCCGCGAGAAGACGAUGAUACCGAGUCCUUUGUUUUUGUGGACAUCAGUGUACUCGCCAAAAUCGGCUGUUUCUCUGGCGAUUGGGUGAAAAUAGAGGCAACAGAAGAGCCUCAAGCCAAUAUAUUUGCCUCUAUCAAGCUAGGGAGCUUUAACGAACAAGAAGAAGACUCUGGGGAAUGGCGCGCGGUUAGGAUUUAUGGACUGCCUGGGUUCCCAUCAGCAAAACCGCGGUACUCAAUCAACCAGUCCGGGGAUAGACGGCCCAGCAUAACCCAAAGACCCCCUGUGCGCUUGACGCCUUCCGUCUUUGUCCCGCCCCUUCUAUUGAACAAUUUGGAAAACCCCAAAUACCUUCGUAUAUCCUCUAUGAGUUUCGGCACCGGUAGCGGCACCUCCAAGCCAGGACUUCUGCAUCAAAUGAAGACAGGCUCCACUAGAUGUCCUCCUUUGGCAAAAGAAGUGACUCUGCAUAAGGUUUCCACGCCCCUUUCCAUGGAUCGCAUCCUUCAGCCAGCCCUUUUUGCCGGGCUCAAACAAUAUUUCGAGUCCAAACGACGGCUCCUGAAAAGCGGUGACCUCGUUGGGAUCAGCAUUGAUGAAGGACUGGGUAGAGCUGUCUUUACAGGAACUGCUGCAGGCGAUGGUGCUGUUCAGGAUGAGGAUCUCACUACUCGACUGGGUCAGGUGACAGAGACUGAUGGCGCCGGCAUGAAAAAGGUUGGGGUUGCCUGGUUCCGCGCCGGACAAGUCGUUCCUAGCUCUCCGGAUAACGAGGAUGAAGUAGGGGACAUACACUGGGGCGGUGUUGCUAUAAUUGACCCUGCGACGACAAGGAUGGUACAAGCUGGGAGUGACGUGAGCCGUGUGCCAGGUACUAUGAAUAACAGCUGGGAAUAUUGGCUUGGUACGAAAUCAGUGCCGAGAAGCGUGGGUGAUUCCAAAUCUCCGCAUGGUCUCAUUACCGAACUUCCGCAAUCGUUCGUGCCUCCAUUGCAGCAGCGCAUUAGGGAUCUGAUGUCAGUGGCUACAAGUCCCCGGGCGAUUCAGCUCGGUAUGAAGCCAGUUGUUAUUCUGCUGAGGUCGCAGCAGAGACAUAUUGGAAAGGCAACUGUCGCUACCCGGGCUUGUUCCGAUAUUGGUCUCCAUACUUUCCCGAUUGAUUCUUACGACAUCCUGACAGAAGGUGGUGCUAAUGGUGGCGAUGUGAAAACCGAAGCGUACCUCAAAGCAAGGGCAGAGCGUGCAUUCCACUGCGGUUCUAACUGCACGGCGCUUCUGAUUAAACAUAUUGAGGUGCUAACCGCGGACCGAAUUGUAUCGGCCAUGACCGAGAUCGUGUCUGAUGCUCGGGUCGUAAUCGCAACCACAACGGAUGCCGAGCAAAUUCCCGAGGGCAUUCGCAGUAUAUUUACACAUGAGUUUGAGAUGACUGCUCCGGAAGAAAAGGAGCGCGAGGGAAUUCUGCGUAAUGCCGUGUCUGAGCGAGCCAUCAAGUUGUCCCCUGAUGUCGAUUUGGGUACGGUAGCUUUGAAGACUGCCGCGCUAGUUGCUGGAGACUUGGUUGACGUUGUUGAGCGUGCCUCUGCUGUGAAGGCUGCUCGCCUGGAGAAACUCGCAGAGGCUGCAAGCAAGCAGCAUAAAGGACUCAACGUUAGCGUCAGGGAUGUGCUCGUCUCUGGUGGUGAUGCAGCACGAGGCGUCACCAAGGCCGACUUUGACUCAGCUGUCGAGGCUGCAAGAAAGAACUUUGCCGACUCUAUCGGCGCACCUAAGAUCCCCAAUGUCGGCUGGGAUGAUGUCGGUGGACUGACGAAUGUUAAGGACGCCCUUAUCGAAACCAUCCAGCUGCCCCUUGAGCGACCAGAGUUGUUUGCCAAGGGCAUGAAGAAACGCAGCGGUAUCUUGUUCUACGGCCCGCCGGGUACUGGCAAAACCUUGCUUGCCAAAGCCAUUGCGACCGAGUUCUCUCUGAACUUCUUCUCCGUCAAAGGCCCUGAGUUAUUGAAUAUGUACAUUGGUGAGUCCGAAGCCAACGUGCGGCGAGUCUUCCAGCGAGCCCGAGACGCCCGCCCGUGUGUUGUCUUCUUUGAUGAACUGGACUCGGUCGCCCCGAAACGAGGAAACCAAGGAGACAGUGGUGGUGUGAUGGAUCGUAUUGUCAGUCAGUUGCUGGCCGAACUGGACGGCAUGAACGGUGGCGAGGAAAACAGCGGUGGUGUGUUCGUCAUCGGUGCUACGAACCGACCCGACUUGCUAGAUACGGCGCUCCUCCGUCCCGGUCGGUUUGACAAGAUGCUCUACCUUGGAGUGUCUGACACCCACGAUAAACAAGCUACUAUCCUCGAGGCUCUCACGAGGAAAUUUACCCUUGACCCUGGCUUGUCGCUGGGCCGAGUCGCCGAGCGGUUGCCUCUUACGUACACGGGUGCUGAUCUUUAUGCCCUGUGCUCGGAUUCCAUGCUCAAAGCGAUCACACGCAAAUCAACGGCCGUGGAUGAGAAAAUCAAGCAGUUGCCAGGAGAGCCCGUUAGCACUGCGUACUUCUUUGACCACUUGGCUACGCCGGAGGAUGUGUCGGUGAUGGUUACGGAGGACGACUUUACGGAAGCGCAGAACGAGCUUGUUCCUAGUGUCAGUGCCAAGGAACUUGAACAUUUUGAACGCAUCCGACGCACGUUCGAAUCGGUUGAUAAGCAGAAGCAGGACUCUGCCGGCAAUUCCAACGGAUCACAAGCACCACAGACCAUCCAGGAUGCGCUGGAUGCCCUGAGUCUUGGGGAUCAAUUGGGCGACCACAUAGGCGGACCCGUUUUGAAUGGCGACCAUGCCUCCAUAGGCAAAGGCAAAGGCAAACAAGGCCUGACUGGAUCCAGGAACGCGAGUGGCCACUCGGUCAGCAGCAAGGGCAAAGGCAAAAACCCCGCCAAUGGAGGUGGAAAGUCGAAGAACAAAGCCAUCUCCGCCAGCAACGGGGACUCCGAUUCUUCCUUCGAUGGCCCCAACUCAAGAAAUGACCGGGGACUGUCGCGUGAGUACGAUGAUUUAGGGGAGGAUGACGACGGUGCUGAGGACGGCAUCGCCAAUGGAGACGAAGACUACAUUGUUCGAACUGAUCAUCUCGUUCGGUCGGACAGCUCGAAGUAG